CUGGCGCUAAGGAGAAGAGUUGAACCGGAAAAUCAAAUCCACACCGGCAAACUUAAGAAGAUAUAAUUGCAAAAAGUUUGGCCAUAACAUGUCAGAGGCCAUCAUCUCAGGGGCGUUACAGAAACUCGAAUCUGUUCUGGUUGAGCCGCUAGAUAUGGAUACCAAUACUGAGGAAUUGCUGAAAGAGGUGAUAGAUGAGCUGAGAGAGAUGCUGGAUUUCUGGAGAAGGAAAGAUUCGAGAAAGAGGAGCAUGCUAAAUUAUUUGCUAGCUGACUUUGCUGAGAUAGCUCAAUAUUCAGCAGACCUCACAAUACACAUUCAUGAGGACAAAUUCUACAAUGUUAUAUUUCCUUUCCUAUGCAUCCUGACGCGGACAAGACGCCACAUGGAGAGGUUUGUAGUUGGUAAAGGUGUGAGCAGUGUUGGAGAAGACGAAGGUGUGGUGGUGGGCUUGGAGAAAGACGUGCAACAGCUUAUUGGCAAAGUGAUUCUUAACGAGGAGUUGCAGCAUUACAUGACUUUGUGUAUCAAAGGCAUGAUUGGUGUGGGAAAGACGACUCUUGCCAGAAGAGUAUACAACCACACGGCCAUCGUUGAAAAAUUCAAGCACCGCCGUGCAUGGAUAAGCAUGUCACCUAACAUAAGCAUACAUGAGGUGCUUGUGGAACUGGUAAAGCAGAUGUUGGUGGAACUUGAUGGAGAUUCGUUGUUGCUCGAGGAAAUGGACAACCGCAGUCUUCGACAGAUGCUUUGCCAACACAUGGAAGGAAUGCCAUAUUUCAUAGUUCUCGACAACAUGCCGAGAGAAUUGCUUUUGUUAUCCUUCUAUAUAGAUCUUCCAACAGGUCAUGGAUGUAGAAUGUUGAUCACCUGUCAGCAAGAGCUUCCAGCUGAAGACAUCUUUUAUACUCACGAGAUGAAAGCUUUGGAUUCUGAAAAGAGCUGGAAAUUGUUUUCAAAAACAAUUGAUAAAUUUACAAGUUGUGAGAACAAAUUCUCAAAGGAGUUGGAGUGGAAGGCCAAAGAGAUGUUGAAAAAAUGUGGGGGUUUGCCGAUGGCUAUAAUAAAUGUUGGAAGGCAGAAAGCAGAACAGAGACUUUCAGGUAUUGAAUGGGAAGAACUUUUUGAUUCAAUUGAUUUGAGUGAAUCAUUGAAGUCAUUGGAGCCGAUGUAUCAUGAAUUGGAUGAAAUACGUCAGUCAUGUUUCUUGCAUAUGUCCUUUUUUAAGGAAAAUGCAAUAAUGAGAGAAGAAAAGUUGGAUCAUAUUUGGACUAUAACUGGAACAAAUACUCGAAGAACUUCGGAAGAUGGAGAAGUAAUAAACAUAUCACGAUUUCAUAUAGACUAUUUAGUCAGUGAAUCCAUUAUUGAAGUUGUGCACGAUUUCCGAUACUAUGAAGUAAAAAGGUGUCGCACCAAUCUUUUACUACACAUGCUAUCCAUCAAAAUAGCACAGGAGAAAUUGGGGUUGGAGAUAAUAAGGAAUGAUGGAAAUGAUCGGCCCUCUCAGAGUCCUCGUCAUCGUAUUAUCCAUUGUGGCAGAGACAAGUUCAAUCACUCAACGAAUCAAGAAAAAAAUCUUGUUUCACUCAUCUUCCACGGAGGUGGGGACUUCUUGGACAAUGCUACCUCGUCUUAUUGGAAGAGUUUUGACAUACUCAGCAUACUUGACAUGGAAGAUUUUGGAGUGAAGACUUUGUCGGAAACUAUUGGCACAUUGAUGGAGUUAAGGUAUUUGGGAUUGAGAAACAAUUACAUACAAGAGAUCCCAUACUCAUUGGGCGGCUUGAAAAGGCUUGAGGUUUUCGAUAUAGCUCUAAACUUUAUGGUGGAGGUGCCAGAUAUUAUCAAUGAAAUGGCUAGCCUUUGUCAUCUUUAUAUGUCUGAUGUGAUUUACCCAAAGCCUUUGAAAGUAGAUGCGCCACUUAAUCUCGAGACCCUAACCUACAUCUCGAUUUAUGAUUGGACAUAUGAGGUCUCGAGCUUGGAGAAGAUGACUCGUCUCCAGUAAAUUGGGCAUUGAAGAAGUUGAUGAAAACUCGGUUGUAAGCAAGCUCUUUCAGUCACUAGCUAAGUUGAAGUACUUCAAGCGUCUCACCUUGAGAGGGUUUCGUUUCAGAAGCAUGGCAUGUUUGGACGAGAUUGGUGUUCUAGAUAAUAUCUGUAAACUCCGACUGGAUGGACGCCUAGCUAGACUACCAAGUAAAAUUGAAUCCCUUGGAAAUCUUUGGUACUUGGUUUUGGUAAACACUAGUCUUGACGAAGACCCCAUGCCAGUAUUACAGGAAAUGCCCGAACUAAGAGUUCUCAAACUGCGGAAUGCAUACAAUGGUCGAAAAAUGGUGGUUGAGAAGUUCGGAUUUCCCAAUCUCGAAAUCCUACGGAUCAAUGAGUUGUGGAAUUUGAGAGAUAUAUGUGUUGAAGAUGGUGGCAUGGAGAAUCUGGGACAACUAGAGAUCAAGAAUUGUCCACUCCUGGAGACCCUCCCAGAACAAAUCGAGUGGAUGAGUUGUCUGAGGAAGUUUAAGAUGGUAACAACCAAACACAUUGCAAUAAAGAUCAGAUAUUCAAGCUUGAUCUCCAAUAUAACAGAAGUGGAUAUUAGCCCAUAAUUUUAGUUCCCCAUUGAAUGAUGGCAUGGAGGAUACAGCAGAGCAUUACGAAGAAGUCCAAGCCGGUGCAACAGAUCACUACCCAAUUCACUCCCUUGAUCAUUCUCCAGAGAUUCAUCAACUCCCAAUUACACAUACUUCCCGAGAAGCUCGAAAAAACCCACUGCAAAUGUGUUCACGACCCCGUCCUCGUUACAGUUCUUUGAAUAGUG